CUACUUGUUUGGCAAAACUGGUGCUUGCUAGAGAAACAGUUUUCCAGUGCACUCUCCAGCUAUAGUCGAGGUAUUCAGAAUGUUUUGUCGGUCUGUCCUUCCCCCCACUUGCUUGUUAAAAGUACAAACAAUUUAGGCCACCCUAUUCCUUCACUGCGCUCUCCAGCUACAGUCAAGGUAUUCAGAAUGGUUGGUUGGCCUGUCCUUCCCCCCACUUGCUUGUUAAAAGUACAAACAAUUUAGGCCACCCUAUAUUUUCACUGCACUCUCCAGCUAUAGUCAAGGUAUUCA